UCAGAUUUUGUAAGUCGACGGCGGGGUGAGGGUUUCUGGCCAAAGUUGGGAACGCGGGGGCAGCAGAGAGCUUCCUUCCAGAUUGGGAGGAGGCCGCGUGAGAGGGGUCGUCAUGAAGCCAUCCAGAGCUUGGAUGAGUGGUGUGAGAAGAAGGGCGCAUCUCGCUUGGCUAGGGAGCCAGCAGGGGAGGCUCCACAGGGAGCAGGCUGAUGGCGGUUCCAUCCUCCCAGAGCCCAACCUUACCCAAGGUCCAGCUCGAAACUUGGCUCUUCUUCCAGGUUUAUCUCCAGCGCCAACAAAUGUAGCUAAAUCACCAAGCAGUUUACCGGUGCUGAGAAGUCCAUCCUUGGGCACUACAUUUGUUGCACCAUUCUCGCCUACUGUGGUCGGUAGCAUACCAAGCCGCUGUAAAAGCAGUGUACUCUCUUUGCUGAAGAAUGCUGGUUCCUCUGCUACACUGGGGUCACAGAUGAGACACCGAUUUUGUACCUUGGCUGGAGACCAGUCAGUCACAAAUUCAGGUGACGACGAUGAUAGCAAAUUUCAGCGUGGUGAUGUUCAAGCUUUGCGCAAGAGGAUUGUAGAGGACACCAGUCAUACGACUGCUAAGGUCCUUGAUUUUCAGACUAGGUACAAGAACUAUCUUAGGCCCCAGCUUGUGUCGCCUUGUUUAAUUAGCCCUUGUCCUAUCAAUGAUCGAUGGAUGGUAUUUUUGCAACGUCAGACGUUUGAAAUUUGUGGGCAUAAUCCUAGUUAUCUGAGUUGCUUCGACAUUAUGUGUUACGAGCAUGGCUGCAAAGAUGGCGAAUGGGAGCUGUUUCUGAACCACCUACUUGACAAGAAAGUUUAUGUCAUCGAGGAUUGGGAUUCAUCAUAUGACGCUUCAUUUGAUAGUGUCACUAACACAGCAAGCUUCUCUUACAUAAUCUGGAAAGAUGAUCAAAUUGUUUAUUCAGAGGUUUUCUCGGGCCUUGUGUGCUCUUCACCGGUCGAAGCACCGUGAUUUUUAUCUAACGUUAAGGCGAUGAGAACGCGGUUCAGUUGGUUGAUGGUAACUUGGAAACCGAGAGAAAUGAUGUUUUUUGCGGAUGAUCUUGCAAAUCUUGCUAAGCUCCCUAUCAGUGAUUUACCUUCUGCUGUUAAAGUUGCUCUUCUGAAAUGGGCCAGCCACCUCCGGGUUUACCAGUCUACAGAGUUGAACGGACAAGUAUCACACAAACAGCUGUCAAGAAAUUUAAGAAAGUAAUAUUGGAUGAUGAAACUUAUGGCGUGAAGGGCCCUGACGUCUAUUUUGUUGAAAUCGAAGAGGGCCGUAAGUUGGAAUGCUUGGUUGCGCUUAAACAGGCUCUCAAGCCAAGUCAACUGACAGUGGCCCUUGACAGUUAUGAUGAUAAGUGUGAUUCGUUCAAGGAACAAUUGGGAACUGUCACUCUCAAGAAAUCACGCACAAAUCUUGGUUCAGGGCCAAUGCCUGGUACAUGCAGCAGUUUCACUAGUGAAUCUCUUCCCGCAUUGCCACCGCGUGAUGCGUCCAACACUUCAUCAACCAGCAAAUCUGUGAAUGGGUCUCCCCCCUCUAAAGAUUUGAUGGUGGUGUUGGAUUAUUCAGUUCCUAGGGAUCUUUAUUAUGACGGUGGUGCUUUUCAUGUGGUGCUCGUUACGCCGAGUGAGCGUGAGAGUAUGACUGAGGAGAUCCCAGAGUUGACUGCAUUAGGUUUUGUGUACUUCAAUGAUGUUAGAUUCCCAUUGAAUGAUGUGUAGAAAGAGGAAGCGCAAGAAGGUCAGAAGUAAAAGCAAUGAGGUGCGUAUAUAAUCCACUUGAGUGCAUUAAUGUGUUUGUUAAUGAUGUCCUGUUUAUAACUUGUUAGAGAGGCUAUGGUGGUUAGGAGGUAGUAAUAAUUGGUGCUAGCUCUGUACACUAGUGUAGGACGUUUCAGUUUGAACUGCAAAAACGUCUGAAUUAGUGUACAAACGGAGUAGUUGGUUAGUUCAUAUCUUGUCACGGCUUGUUGUCGUAAAUGGUGGUUAUAGGAGACAGUAAUAAUUGGUAGAGUAGUUGUUGAGUUCAUUUGGAUUUGGUGUUACACUACUUGUUGUCAGUUAACUUGCUGCUGCUGUUACCCUAGCAGCCAGCGGGCUGAUGAAUGUGUGCAGAAAAUACCUGGUGUACAGUGGAAGCUUGGGGCUCUGAAGGGUGAGAAGAUUUUGCAUUGAAGCAGUUUUAUCAGCCAAACGGCGGCUUGUUGUGCCAAGUAGUACUCCCUUCGUUCCUAAAUAUAUGGCGUUUUGGUAGUUCAAUUUGAACUAGCAAAACGUCAUAUAUUUUAGGAACGGAGGGAGGACAUAUUUUGUAGCUGGUCUGAGCACAUGAUGUUGUGCGCCGAUGGUGGUACAUGUGCUGAAAGUAGUGUAGCUGGCACUAGCUUCGAAUCAGCUGUGUAAUGGAGUAUAAAUUUACAUCAAGACAUCCUAAUACUAUGCGAUGUAGUCUAUCUAGCUGGUACAGUAGCUCUGAAUCAGCUCAUGUUAUGCUUCCAUUUCUCUACCUGCAUCACUUGCUAUUGCCAUGUGGUAGAAUUUCCUUUGGUCGGCCCUUGUGUUUGGGAGAAAAAUCCUUGUAGAAAAGGAAUUGCCAUGUGGUGGUAGAAUCUCCCUGUCUUUGAACCCUAUCCCCAGGCUCGGGAUGGCGUUUGCAGAGAAGGAAAGGGGAUUGGUCUGAAGCGAGGCUCUGCUCAAGAGGCUGCUGAAUCAGGCCAUUGGGGAAUCCAUGAGCUCGAAUUCAAUGAGCUCUUAAGUUUGCCUUAAAACA